GUGACGGCAACCGUUUGCGCAGGCGCAGAUUUCCUCCUCUGAUCAGCUGACUUUGAGUGAGAUGCUCUGUUGAAGGAGCCCCGUGUGUCGAAAACCUGCUUCUAUCUGCGCUAUGUGCGGGAAACUGCGUGUGUUUGGCUGAAAUAUACCGAGUGGACUGCGCGCUGAAGCCGUUAAACGCGUCGUAACUUCCUUACAUCAGCGGCACGGGGGACAAAAUUCCUGCCAGCAGCCAUGACAGAAUUCUGGUUGAUCUCGGCUCCCGGGGAGAAGACCUGCCAGCAGACUUGGGACAAGCUGAUGGUGGCCACUACGCGCACCAACAACCUCUCCACUAACAACAAGUUCAACAUCCCUGACCUCAAGGUUGGGACUUUGGAUGUCUUAGUGGGCCUGUCAGAUGAGCUGGCUAAACUAGACACUUUUGUGGAAAGUGUGGUAAAGAAGGUUGCUCAGUACAUGGCCGAUGUUCUGGAGGACAGCCGAGACAAAGUCCAGGAGAACCUGUUGGCCAAUGGAGUUGAUCUGGUCACCUAUGUCACCAGAUUUCAGUGGGAUAUGGCAAAAUAUCCGAUCAAACAGUCUCUGAAAAACAUCUCGGAGAUCAUUUCCAAGCAAGUGACUCAGAUAGACAACGACCUGAAGGCCAGAGCUUCGGCUUACAACAAUCUAAAGGGAAACCUGCAGAAUCUGGAGAGGAAGAACGCGGGGAGCUUGAUGACCAGAAGUCUGGCUGACAUAGUGAAGAAAGAGGACUUUGUGCUGGACUCAGAGUACCUGAUUACCAUGCUGGUGGUCGUCCCAAAGACGAGCUACGCUGACUGGCAGAAGACAUACGAAACACUGGCUGAAAUGGUCGUACCACGCUCCACCAAGCUGCUGUUUGAAGACAACGAAAGCGGUCUGUUCAGUGUCACCCUCUUCAGGAAAGCUGUAGACGACUUCAAACACAAGGCUAGAGAAAACAAGUUUACAGUGCGGGACUUCCAGUACAAUGAGGAGGAGAUGAAGGCAGACAAAGAAGAGAUGACACGCUUGUCCACCGACAAGAAGAAACAGUUUGGCCCUUUGGUACGAUGGCUGAAGGUGAAUUUCAGUGAGGCCUUCAUCGCAUGGAUUCACAUAAAAGCUCUACGCGUGUUUGUGGAGUCAGUGCUCAGAUAUGGGCUGCCAGUCAACUUCCAGGCUAUGCUGCUUCAGCCCAACAAGAAGAACAUGAAGAAACUCAGAGAGGUGCUGUACGACCUGUACAAGCACCUGGACAGCAGUGCUGCAAUCAUUGACGCCUCCAUGGACAUCCCAGGGCUGAACUUGAGCCAGCAAGAGUACUACCCCUAUGUUUACUACAAGAUCGACUGCAACCUGCUGGAUUUCAAGGUCUAGAUACAUUAUCAUCACGUGCAGGAGUGUUCUGAUGUGACACUUUCACAUCCACAAACCUUAAAUUAUUUUUACUCUAGACUUUUUUUUGUGUUCUUCCUUCCUUUCCUGUGUUUUAUGUUCCUAGUACAUUCCUGGGUCUCCUCCCUUAUAAGUUGUUAGGAAUCAGAGUGCUGAUUAGCGACUAUACUUAGGAUCUGUUUUAGAGGUAAACUGGUCUCUAAUCACAACUUCUGUUCCAACAUACUUAAAUGAGGACUGACUUUUUUUGUUGUCUUUUUCUGUUUGUACCACACUACUUAAGUAAACCGCUUCCUCCAUCUCAAUAGUUGGUAUUCCCUCAUUGCUUCAAAUGCUAUGUAAAAUACAGUGUUUUUACUGUCACUACUUCCAUACCCUACUUGUUAAAAUUAACGUGAAAGGUAUAUGUGGGGUAAGUGGGAAUAAAAAUAAAUAAAUAAAUAAAUAAAUCGGUGUGUGUGUUAUCUACAGUAUUUAUUUCAAACCUCCAAAAUCAGUGAAUAUGUUUGUUCAGUUUUUAAAAAGUGACAUGUUUAUAGCUCCAUGUAAGGAAUGCCUGUUUAUAAGUAGAUGUUGACAGUUGUUUCUGCUUCUCAAGCUAAAACCUGUGAAACACUGAAACUGGUCAUUUUACGGUACAAAGAAGCAAUAUGUUCGCUGAUCUUAUGCUCCUGUGAUUUCUGUAUAUCAAGCCGUUUGAGAACAAUGAAUAAUGUGUAUAUGUGCAAAUACUGUAUUGUCAGUAUAUCUAUAAAUUAAAACACAUAUUUAAAUAAAUGUGAAAUUAAAUACUCUAUGAAAGA